CCCCUUUCUUCAGGAGCCUACGGAUCUUAUCCUCGCCAUGUAAGAGAUGCAUUGCGUCACUGGCAAGAUGCCGCCGAGUCUGAACCCGACAAGUUCAUUCGAUACACCUUCCCCAAGAAGCUCGACGAGAUUCGCCAUCAAGUUGCUUCCUUUAUCAACGCCGAUGUUGAGGGACUUGUCCUCGUACCGAACGCGACUACGGGUUUGAACACAGUCCUCCGCAACCUAAGGUUCCGGUCUGGAGAUAAGAUCGUCUACUUUAGAGGAGUAUACGGGGCUAUUGGCAAGACGGUGGAUUAUCUGACGGAGACGACACCGGUUACGAGCCUUGAGGUUGAUUUCGACCCUACUCGAGAUACUGAGCAGUCGAUGCUGGAAAAAUUCACAAACAGUAUCAGGGAGCAUGGCAACAAGGUCAAGGUGGCCAUAUUUGACACCGUCAUGAGUAUGCCCGGCGUGAGGAUGCCGUUCGAGCAACUGACCAAGAUCUGCCGGCAACAUGGUAUCUUCAGUGUCAUUGACGGCGCACACGGCAUUGGCUUCAUCAAUCUGAACCUCAAAGAACUAGAUCCGGAUUUCUUUGUCACAAACUGUCACAAGUGGCUGUUCAUUCCCCGAGCAUGUGCAGUCUUGUACGUCGCACCUCGAAACCAACACCUGAUGCGUUCAUCUUUGCCAACCUCUCACGGCUUCGUGCCCCUGGGAGCCAACAAUCAUUUCAACCCCAACCAAUCCAAUGCCCAAAACGCGUUUGUGGCCCAGUUUGAGUACACCGGCACGAUUGACACGGCUCCAAUGCUAUGCAUCCCAGCAGCUCUCGAGUUUCGAAGUAGGGUCUGCGGAGGUGAAGAAGCCAUGAGGGAGUACUGCGUCGAUCUAGCCCGUGCUGGAGGACACGCCGUUGCUGAGAUACUGGGUACAGAAACCUUGUCGGUUCCUACUGGGAAAUAUGUCGGGUUUGCCAACGUUCGUCUGCCCCUGACAGUUCAGAAUCAUGCUACUUCAGUGAAAGGUAUACCGUCCAAGGAUAUUGGCGUUUCCAUCAAUUUCAUGUUUAGGAAAUUUACCGAGGAUUACCACACCUUUAUCAACGUCUUGUACUUUUCAGGUGCGCUGUGGGCAAGGUUUUCCGCUACCGUCUAUCUGGAUCUGGAUGAUUUCAAGUACGGCGGUAUGGUUCUGAAAAAGCUCUGUCAGAGGAUAGAAGGUGGAGAAUACUUAGCUCGGGAUGUAUGA